UUGCCACCACCGGUAUUGGAGGUGCUGAGACGUGGGGGCCAGGCCCAGGGAGGGGUGGGAGUAAAGGGGGCUGCCGCAGCUGUGUUGGGCCAUAAAUCAGGCUGACCCCUUGGCUCAGGGCAGGAUGGCUGCAAAUUCGGCUUCCACACCAUCAGGUCUGAGCAGAAGUGACAACUGCACGGAUCUGCUAGUGCCUGGUGAGCUGGGCGGGGCAGGGGCAGGGGGAGGGGUCACGUGGCUCCAUGUCCCACCUGCUGGGACCUGGAGGGUUAGGCUGGGCAGUAACACCCCCCCCCAUCCUCUCACAUCUACAGGAAUCCCCUCCGUGACCAAGGCCUGGGGACUAUGGGCCCUCUUAGGGGUUGUGACGCUGCUGCUUCUCAUCUCACUGGCUGUGCACUUAUUCCAGUGGACUAGUGGCUGGAGCAGAAGCCAUCCGGGACAGGGACGGCCUGGAGAGUCUGCGGAAGAGGUCCCUCUGUACGGGAACCUGCAUUAUCUGCAGACAGGUAGGAAGCUUUCAGAGGGUAGGGGCACGGUGGCCAGGGUGCAGGGGGAGGAACAAGAAGUGACCAGAUUCCUGUUCCCUGUCCUAGGACGGCUGUCUCAAGAACCGGGGCCAGACCAACAGGAUCCAACACCUGGAGGCCCUGCCAGGGCUGCAGAGGAGGUGAUGUGCUAUACCAGCCUGCAGCUGCGGCCUCCUCAGGGCCGGAUCCCCAGCCCUGGAAGCCCCAUCAAGUACUCGGAGGUGGUGCUGGACCCUGAGCCAAAGCCCCAGGCCUCGAGCCCCGAGCCGGAGCUCUACGCCUCAGUGUGUGCCCAGACCCGCAGAGCCCGGGCUUCCUUUCCAGACCAGGCCUACGCCAACAGCCAGCCUGCACCCAGCUGAGACAGAGGGCCUGGCACAGUGGGGCAUACAACUCCCCCGCCUCCUCUGUUGCCGGGGUUACUGCUACCCUGUCUGGGGCAUGACUGUUUCCCAACCACCCCCUGAAGACAGGCAGCCAUUGCUCAGUCACAGGAGUUAUGCUCCCCGAACUUCCUAUCUGAGCUGUGAGGGAGACAUCUCAGAGGAAUGGCAGGCCCCCCGUCUCUUGAGGGUGGAGGAAGCAAAGGCAGUGGCCCCUUCUCCACCGGUUUUUUCCCUCUAUCUAUUCCUCUCAACCCCCAAACUCCCAGGUCCUCACUCCUCCUUCCGGAGCUUAACCAGAUGCUCCCCUCUGGCUUCCUCUUAGUCUACCCCUGACACCUCAGUGUCUCCUCACGCACAAGAAGUGGGCAGGGGGGAGGGGGUAAGAGUCUGAGAGGACACAGAUGGGCAUCCUCCUCAGGAGCCCACAGGCUGGAAGGGUCCUGGAACUCAGUGACCUGAGAAACCCAAGCCUGGUCUCUGACUUGAGAACCCUGGCAGAAUACCAGUCUCCAUCCUGC